AUGAGAACUAAGAAGUAAGAAGACUAGCCAUUUAACUGCUGGGAACUAGGGACUGAUUGUGUAGCCUGGUACACCAAGGCUAUGAAAUCCAAUUGAAGAUGGUGUAGCCUGGUAGUAUGGACCUUAGAGUUUAGACACACCGUAUAUCAAAGUCGUAAUAUCUAAAUCAGUUCCAAACCUCAUCUUCGAAACUCUUCGCUCAUUCAUGAAAUCAGUCACUCCUCUUUCCCGCCAUUUUUCUACUGCCAGGCAACUUCAAAACCUAGUCUUGUCAACCCCAAAACUCGAGUUCGCUCAGAAAAGCUCAGCUCUCACUGAAGAACUGUGUGGUAAUAUAUUGGACCAAUACCCAGAUAUCAAAACCUUGAAAAAACUCCAUUCUAAGAUCAUUGUCGAUCAGCCUCUCUGCUCAAACCCUUCUAUUGGCAUCAAACUCAUGAGAGCUUAUGCUGCCUGUGGAGAACCUGGUAUCACGCGCCACGUAUUCGAUGAAAUUCCUGAGAAGAACGUUGUUUUCUUUAAUGUCAUGAUCAGAAGCUAUGUAAACAACCAUUUGUACCAUGACGCUCUUCUUGUUUUCAAAACCAUGGCUAGUCAGGGAUUUGAGCCUGAUAAUUAUACAUAUCCUUGCGCGUUGAAAGCAUGUUCUGGAUUGGAAAAUUUGAAUGUUGGGUUGCAAAUUCAUGGUGCUGUUGUUAAAGUUGGACUUGAUUUGAAUUUGUUUAUCGGGAAUGGUCUAGUUGCAAUGUAUGGGAAAUGUGGUUGUUUAAUGGAGGCUCGUCGAGUUCUUGAUGAGAUGCCAAGCAGAGAUGUUGUUUCCUGGAAUUCAAUGGUUGCUGGGUAUGCACAGAAUGCACGGUUUGAUGAUGCAUUAGAGGUUUGUAAAGAGAUGGAGGAAUUGAGAUUAAAACCAGAUGCUGGUACAAUGGCUAGCCUCUUGCCGGCUGUAACUAACACAAUUUCUAACAAUGUUUCAUAUGUGAAGGAGAUUUUCAUGAAGUUGGCCAAAAAGAGUGUGGUUUCAUGGAAUGUGAUGAUAGCAGUGUAUGUGAAUAAUUCAAUGCCUGCUGAAGCGGUUAAUUUAUAUUUACAGAUGGAAAAAAAUAGGAUAGAACCCGAUGCAGUCACUAUUGCUAGUAUUCUUCCUGCUUGUGGGGAUCUUUCGGCUCUAUCUUUAGGAAGGCGGAUGCAUGAAUAUGUUGAGAGGAAGAAACUACGACCAAAUUUAUUAUUGGAGAAUGCCUUGGUUGACAUGUAUGCUAAGUGUGGAAGUUUACAAGAUGCAAGGGAAGUGUUUGACAGAAUGAAAUUCCGGGAUGUUGUAACAUGGACGUCAAUGAUCUCUGCAUAUGGUCUUAAUGGACAAGGUCGUGAUGCUGUGGCACUUUUUGCAAAAAUGCAAAACGUAGGUUUGAGUCCGGAUUCUAUUGCCUUUGUUUCAGUUAUUUCUGCUUGCAGCCAUGCAGGACUAUUGGAGGAGGGUCGAUAUUACUUCAAAUUGAUGACUGAGGAGUAUAGAAUAAUUCCAAGGAUUGAACACUAUGCUUGCAUGGUAGAUUUGUUGGGACGUUCCGGACAAGUAGAUGAGGCCUAUAGCUUUAUCAAGCAGAUGCCAGUAGAGCCUAACGAGAGAGUUUGGGGGGCUCUGCUGAGUUCCUGUCGGGUGUACUCAAACAUGAAUAUUGGGCUUCUAGCUGCUGAUCACCUUUUUCAAUUGGCUCCCGAGCAGUCAGGUUAUUAUGUCUUGUUAUCCAACAUAUAUGCAAAGGCUGGUAGAUGGAAAGAUGUAACAACCAUCCGAUCAAUGAUGAAGGGUAGAGGACUUAAGAAAAUUCCUGGCAUCAGCAAUGUUGAGCUGAACGAUCGGAUUCACACCUUUCUUGCUGGUGACCAAUCACAUCCGCAUUCUGAGAAGAUAUAUGAAGAGCUAGACGUAUUGGUGGGGAAGAUGAAAGAAUUAGGUUAUGUUCCUGAGACUGAUUCUGCUCUACAUGAUGUGGAGGAGGAGGAUAAGGAAUGCCAUCUGGCAGUUCAUAGUGAGAAGUUGGCUAUUGUCUUUGCUAUUCUGAACACUGAGCCUGGGACACCAAUUAGAAUUACCAAGAAUCUCCGUGUUUGUGGGGAUUGCCAUAUUGCAGCCAAGCUCAUCUCUAAGAUAGUUCAACGUGAAAUAAUUGUCAGGGAUACGAAUCGUUUCCACCAUUUCAAGAAUGGUGUUUGCUCAUGUGGUGAUUAUUGGUGAGCAGCUUCUUCGUGCCUUUUGCUUGAAAGAUAAGGGUUUAAAACAAUAGAAACAUUGAAGCCAAACAAUGAUUUGGAAACUGCACGGUUCAUAGAUUAUGAGAUUGUGGAUUUUUUUGCUGACUGCAGCUGUCACCCCUGACCUUUACAUGAUCAUCAGUUCUCAUUCUCCUAAUGAUAUAAUGCCUGCAAUUUGCACUGGCUAAGGCCCUAUAUAUUUUCCAACGUUUUCAAUUCCUGUAUGGAUAUGUGAUGAAGUAAAUAUGUAGAUGGUUUUGGUGAUUCUGACUUCUUAGGGAUACCAUGUGAGCAAUGGCAGAUAUCAUUUCAUAUACCCAGAUUUUUGCUAGUUAUUCUGUACCUGUUCAAUUGAUUAGGUAGCUUGUUGCAAGGAUUAUUCUAACUUUAUAGGACUACUGUGACAAUGGUAGAUGUGGAAAUCAUAUACUGUGCAUGAGACUUGAUGACUGCAUUGUUCCAAGUCAAGUAACACUAGGGGUCAGAAAGCAAAUUUAUGAGAAUGGGUAGGCUUUUUCAGGGUUUGUCAGCCUCUAUAUAUGUGCUCUGCUGAAAAGUAACCCCCAAGGGAAAGGCUAUGUCCGCUCAUGCCUGCCAUUUGCAAGAAAGUUGCAUCUAUGCCUGAUACUUUGUAAUUUCAGUCAGUUGUUGACAAGUUGGUCAAAGAUCUGAUACCUAUUCUCAAUUGGUACAUAUUUUUAAUUACUUCAGUUUUGUUUAGUUGCAAAUUUGAUCAUUAUAAAUCUCAUUUCCUAGUUGAUUAA